AUGGGAAGGUCUGAGAAUGCACGGGCUGAGAAGGCAAGGUCUGAGAAUGCACGGGCUGAGAAGGCAAGGUCUGAGAAUGCACGGGCUGAGAAGGCAAGGCCUGAGAAUGCACGGGCUGAGAAGGCAAGGUCUGAGAAUGCAUGGGCUGAGAAGGCAAGGUCUGAGAAUGCACGGGCUGAGAAGGCAAGGCCUGAGAAUGCACGGGCUGAGAAGGCAAGGCCUGAGAAUGCACGGGCUGAGAAGGCAAGGCCUGAGAAUGCACGGGCUGAGAAGGCAAGGCCUGAGAAUGCACGGGCUGAGAAGGCAAGGUCUGAGAAUGCACGGGCUGAGAAGGCAAGGCCUGAGAAUGCACGGGCUGAGAAGGCAAGGCCUGGGAAUGCACGGGCUGGGAUGGCAAGGUCUGAGAAUGCACGGGCUGAGAAAAAAAGGUCUGAGAAUGCACGGGCUGAGAAGGCAAGGCCUGAGAAUGCACGGGCUGAGAAGGCAAGGCCUGAGAAUGCACGGGCUGAGAAGGCAAGGUCUGAGAAUGCACGGGCUCAGAAGGCAAGGCCUGAGAAUGCACGGGCUGAGAAGGCAAGGCCUGCGAAGGCACGGGCUGUGAAGGCAAGGCCUGAGAAUGCACGGGCUGAGAAGGCAAGGCCUGAGAAUGCACGGGCUGAGAAGGCAAGGCCUGGGAAUGCACGGGCUCAGAAGGCAAGGCCUGAGAAUGCACGGGCUGAGAAGGCAAGGCCUGAGAAUGCACGGGCUGAGAAGGCAAGGCCUGCGAAUGCACGGGCUGGGAUGGCAAGGUCUGAGAAUGCACGGGCUGAGAAGGCAAGGCCUGAGAAUGCACGGGCUGAGAAGGCAAGGUCUGAGAAUGCACGGGCUGAGAAGGCAAGGCCUGAGAAUGCAAGGCCUGAGAAGGCAAGGUCUGAGAAUGCACGGGCUGAGAAUGCAAGGCCUGAGAAUGCACGGGCUGAGAAGGCAAGGCCUGAGAAUGCACGGGCUGAGAAGGCAAGGCCUGAGAAUGCACGGGCUGAGAAGGCAAGGCCUGAGAAUGCACGGGCUGAGAAGGCAAGGUCUGAGAAUGCACGGGCUGAGAAGGCAAGGCCUGAGAAUGCACGGGCUGAGAAGGCAAGGCCUGCGGAUGCACGGGCUGGGAUGGCAAGGUCUGAGAAUGCACGGGCUGAGAAGGCAAGGUCUGAGAAUGCACGGGCUGAGAAGGCAAGGUCUGAGAAUGCACGGGCUGAGAAGGCAAGGCCUGAGAAUGCAAGGCCUGAGAAGGCAAGGUCUGAGAAUGCACGGGCUGAGAAGGCAAGGCCUGAGAAUGCACGGGCUGAGAAGGCAAGGCCUGAGAAUGCACGGGCUGAGAAGGCAAGGCCUGAGAAUGCACGGGCUGAGAAGGCAAGGCCUGAGAAUGCACGGGCUGAGAAGGCAAGGCCUGAGAAUGCACGGGCUGAGAAGGCAAGGCCUGAGAAUGCACGGGCUGAGAAGGCAAGGCAUGAGAAUGCACGGGCUGAGAAGGCAAGGCCUGCGAAUGCACGGGCUGGGAUGGCAAGGUCUGAGAAUGCACGGGCUGAGAAGGCAAGGCCUGAGAAUGCACGGGCUGAGAAUGCAAGGCCUGAGAAUGCACGGGCUGAGAAGGCAAGGCCUGAGAAUGCACGGGCUGAGAAGGCAAGGCCUGAGAAUGCACGGGCUGAGAAGGCAAGGCCUGAGAAUGCACGGGCGGAGAAGGCAAGGUCUGAGAAUGCACGGGCUGAGAAGGCAAGGCCUGAGAAUGCACGGGCUGAGAAGGCAAGGCCUGCGAAUGCACGGGCUGGGAUGGCAAGGUCUGAGAAUGCACGGGCUGAGAAGGCAAGGUCUGAGAAUGCACGGGCUGAGAAGGCAAGGUCUGAGAAUGCACGGGCUGAGAAGGCAAGGCCUGAGAAUGCAAGGCCUGAGAAGGCAAGGUCUGAGAAUGCACGGGCUGAGAAGGCAAGGCCUGAGAAUGCACGGGCUGAGAAGGCAAGGCCUGAGAAUGCACGGGCUGAGAAGGCAAGGCCUGAGAAUGCACGGGCUGAGAAGGCAAGGCCUGAGAAUGCACGGGCUGAGAAGGCAAGGCCUGAUAAGGCAACUGAUGGGAAGCUUGGGAUUGGGAAAUCAAGAGCUGCGAAGAUAAGAGCGGGGAACGUGAGGGCUGCGAGGAUACGGGCUGGGAAGGCAUGUGCGGGGAAGGUAAGGCUGAUGGUGACGACAUGGCUUCGAUUCCGUUUUGAAGGACGGAAUUUGGACUAUGGGGUAAGGGUCAGUGGUUUUGCAGGUACACACGAACCUGGUGCUGUUCAAUGCUCACCAUCGUCGACGGGGGUGGGAGAAGAGGAGCCAACGUUAGGGUUUGACUUCCCCGACGCCUUCUUCCCGGACGCCUUCUUUCGCGACCCCUUCUUCCCCGGCGCCUCCAAGCCCGACGCCUCCAAUCCCGACGCCUCCUUCCCUCCUUUUUUGCGUUUUUCACCACGCGUUCGUGGCGCACGAGCCGUUGGAGCGGUGUGGCUUGUUGGUCUAUCUGCCGCAACAUAA